AUGGCCUUGGGGAACCACAGCACCGUCACCGAGUUUAUUCUCCUUGGACUCUCUGCAGACCCCCAUGUCCAGGCUUUAUUCUUUGUGCUGUUCCUAGCAAUUUAUCUCCUGACCCUGCUGGGGAACAUGACAAUGAUGCUGGUGAUCCAGGUUGAUUCUCACCUCCACACUCCCAUGUACUUCUUCCUGAGUCACCUUUCUUUCCUGGAUUUUUGCUUCUCUUCUGCCACAGUACCCAAGAUGCUGGAGAUUCUCCUGUCUCAGAAGAAAACAAUCUCUGUGGUGGGCUGUCUAACUCAGGUCUUCUCUGUGUUCUACUUGGGGGGCACUGAAGCCUGCCUGCUCUCAGUCAUGGCCUAUGACCGCUAUGCUGCCAUCUGCCACCCUCUGCUCUAUGACCAGAAGAUGAGCAACCAGGUAUAUAACAAGCUGGUGUGGGGCUCCUGGAGCCUGAGUUUUCUGGAUGCAUUUACCAACAUCAUUUUAGCUAUGAACUUAGACUUCUGUAGAAAUCAGUCAAUCCCCCACUAUAGCUGUGAACUGCCCUCUCUCUUUCCUCUUUCGUGCUCUGAUGUCUCCACCAAUUUCACUGUUUUGCUCUUCUUUGGUCUCCUGCAUGGUCUCGGUACUUGUUUGCUGAUUAUAUUCUCCUACACCCCCAUUAUCUCCACCAUCCUGAGUAUCAGCUCUUCCUCAGGGAGAAGCAAGGCCUUCUCCACCUGCUCCUCCCACCUCACCGGAGUCAUCCUGUUCUAUGGCUCAGCCUUUCUUCUCUAUCUCAUGCCCAUCUCAGGAUCACCUCUAGAGCUGAUCUUCUCUGUACAGUACAGUGUGAUCACUCCCUUAGUGAAUCCUUUCAUCUAUAGCCUGAAGAACAAUGAGGUGAAAGCAGCUAUGAGAAGGACCUUUAGAAAAUAUCUCCAACAUCACUUGACAAAAGAUAGAAGAUGA